AUGCUUUCUGCUGAAAGUUCUGAUGAACACUCAAUUUCUGCACCACCACCGGAUGCCAGAGACACGCCAUCCCCUAUGGAAGUUGAAGCCGGACCAGAUACACCUCUCUCUCUCGGUCGCACCGUUGCAAUCAAUGGUUCUCUUACCUGUAUUACUGGUAUCGGAAAUCUGCUCGCUGGACUGCUUACUGUCUGCAUUCCGGUGAUUUCAAAAGACUUGCAUAUUCCCCCAGAUUUGCAACUCUGGCCAGCCUCUGCUUUCGCGCUCGCCUGUGGCUGCCUGCUACUUCCAUGCGGUGCGGUUGCUGAUGUCCUUGGCUGUCGGCGCUCUUGCUUGCUUGGUGGAUUGCUUCAAACCGUAAGCGCACUUGGCGCAGGCCGUGCAGCCACAUCGACUCAACUUAUCGCAUGGCGAGUCACAGGGGGCCUCGCAGCAUCUUUCUGUCUCCCGGGAGCUAUCGGCGCCGCUGGACAUGCCUUUCCUGCCAGUAGCAGCCCUCGCCGUCGCAGUAUUGCGUUUGCCGCUAUGGGUGGUGGCUCGGCUGUGGGCUUCGGACUGGGCUUGGUGCUGGGAGGUGUGUUCUCUGAUACUGUCGGCUGGCGCUGGGGCUUUUAUGCCACCGCUAUACUCAACGCCGCGGUUCUCGCCUUGGCAGUAUGGGCGCUCCCCCAUACCAUCGAUGGUAAUUUAGACAAGGCAUCGAUCUCACGUCUUGCACAUGAUGUCGACUGGGUCGGCGCAGGACUCAUUAGUGCAUGCCUCGCCAUUCUUUCUUACGAGCUGGCCAUAGCAACGGCAUCGAAUGCUGAUCAGAGCAUGCGGAAACCCAUCAAUAUCACCUUACUAUGCAUAGCAAUAGCUCUUCUACCGGUGUUUGCUUUUUGGAUGCGUCGCCAGUCUCGAUUGUCUCGUCCCGCUUUAAUUCCAAACACUCUAUGGACCAACUUGCCAUUUACGUCUAUGUGCAUUACUGUCUUUCUUGUUUGGGGCACUUUGAACGCAAGUGAACAACUCGCGGCCCUAUACUUCGAAGAUAUCCUAGGCAGGUCCACUAUGACAGCAUCUCUUUACUUCUUACCCGCACCGAUAUGUGGCUUAUUAAUGAAUAUUGCUAUCGGCGCAUUCCUUCCGAGUCUGCGUCCAUCUAUCGCAGUCCCCGCAGCCUGUCUUAUGAGUGGCAUCGCCCCAUUACUACUAGCCAGCUUGUGCCAUCUUGAUGGGCCAGAUUAUUGGCGUGGUCCUUUCCAGGCAAUGGCCCUGAACCCCCUCGGUGCGGACCUUAUGUAUACGAUCGCCAUUUUAGUAAUGACAGCCGCGUUCCCAUCUGGCACACAGGCCCUAGCGGGGGGAGUCUUCAAUAUGCUAUCGCAGAUUGGCAAAAGCGUGGGCAUCGCGACUUCGGCAUUGAUUGCGCGACAGAUCACAGCCCAAACAGAGAAGCCGGACACUUUGGAGAGUUUGUUGCUCGGAUACAAAGCCGGCUGGUGGUAUAACUGUUCCUUGGGGCUCCUGUCGGUGGUGGUAAGCUUUUGGGGUCUGAGGAGUGUUCAGAAGGUGGAGGUUAAGAGGGAUUAG